AUGCGGCGCUACGUGCGGGUGGCGCUGCUGUGCCUGGGCUGUGGCUUGUGCUCGCUGCUCUACGGCUCCAGCCAGCUGGCCCUGGAGCAGGAGCCUGGCUGGGGGAAGCCGCAGGCCCGAGACCCCGCCGCUCCCGUCCGGAGACAGCGCGCUGGCGGCGGGAGGGCGGCGGCGGGAAGCGCAGGCCGCGGGGAGCCGGAGCUGCCAGACAGGUGUAAGAAUUUGUCUAUAUCUUACUGGAAUUCCUAUUGGAUGCUGCCCUCUGAUGUUUGUGGAAUGAACUGCUUUUGGGAAGCUGCUUUUAGAUAUGAUUUUAUGAAAACUCAGCCUGCUGAGAAGAUGCACCUAGCAGUGGUUGCCUGUGGUGAAAGGCUGGAGGAGACUGUUACUAUGUUGAAAUCAGCCAUUAUUUUCAGCAUCCAACCUCUACAGUUUCAUAUUUUUGCAGAGGGCCAACUGCACAACAGCUUCAAAGGCAUACUCAAUGGUUUGCAAUAUCAAGGAAAAUUUAAUUAUACCGUAUACCCAAUAACAUUUCCGACUGAGAGCGCAGCAGAAUGGAAGAAACUGUUUAAACCCUGUGCUUCACAAAGGCUGUUCUUGCCAUUAAUCCUCAAAGAUCUGGAUUCGUUACUGUAUGUUGAUACUGACAUCCUGUUUUUGAGACCUGUUGAUGAUAUUUGGUCUUUUCUGAAAAAAUUUAAUUCCACACAAAUUGCUGCAAUGGCACCAGAACACGAGGAACCUCGUAUUGGAUGGUAUAAUCGCUUUGCUAGACACCCAUAUUAUGGAAUAACUGGAAUAAAUUCUGGAGUAAUGCUAAUGAAUAUGACCCGUAUAAGAAGAAAGUAUUUCAAGAAUGAUAUGACAACAGCUCGGCUACACUGGGGAGAAAUUCUUAUGCCAUUGCUUAAAAAAUAUAAACUAAACAUAACAUGGGGUGAUCAAGAUCUGUUGAAUAUUAUGUUUUUUCAUAAUCCAGAGAGCCUAUUUGUCUUUCCCUGUCAAUGGAAUUAUCGUCCUGACCACUGCAUUUAUGGAAGCAAUUGUAAGGAAGCUGAAGAAAAAGGAAUAUUUAUUCUUCAUGGAAACAGAGGUGUUUACCAUGAUGAUAAACAGCCAACGUUUAGGAUUAUAUAUGAAGCAAUAAAAAAAUAUUCCUUUGGUGAUGACCUGGUUAAUUUCCUGUUACAGCCCCUAGAACUGGAACUGCAGAAGACAAUGCAUACAUACUGUGGAAGAAUAUACAAAGUGUUCAUAAAGCAGCUAACAAAAAGCAUAAGAGAUAUUUAUGAUAGAGGAUCAAAGGGAAGUUGAUUCUUACUACAAACUCACAAAAUUAUUGAAUUCAAACAGACGGAAUAUAUAAAAUGUAUGAAGGAUGUUCAUACAAAAAAUAUAAUAUUGCUUGAAUCACCUAUUCCUAGCGUGCCUAGGUAAAUGUUUACCAGUGUAGAUAAAAUGAAGAAACUGUUCAUAUUAUGAAGAAUACAAACACUUUCCUGCAAAGAAGAUAUUUUUGAUCUUUUAAUCACUGCUAAUUUUCAUUCGAGUUCUAGUGAAUAUGGGAGUUACUGGCUCUUCUAGUCGGUUUUUUUAUUCUGCAUAAUUCAGUUGUCUGUCAUACUCAAAUGGGUAAAACAGAAAUUAAGAUAGAUCUAUUGGUAGAAUGUACCUCAUACAUUAUCUAUGAUUCUGCUAAACUGUGAAUGUAGCAAUAAUUGAGUCAGCACUAACCUCACUUUAAAAGUGUGAGAACAAAGUUGUUUACAAGGACAGAAGUUAUUCUGUCUUCAAAGAAAUGUGACAUAACCAUUGACAAUCUGUAUGUGCCUUUAGACUUGUUCAUCUCCUACGUGUUAAAAUAUUGUUUUGACAAUCAUGUUUCAUAUUUUAAAUGUAAACUGCACAUUAUAAACAAGAUUUUCAAAGCAAUUAAUCACUAGUUUAAGAGGAACUAGUUUCCCGUCUGUAGUUACUGAUAUCUUGUUGUGAUACAACCUCCUAACAGAUGCUGUGUUCAGCCAUCUUGCCAAAAUACUCCAGCUGAAUUUUUUAUGAAGAUAUAAUACAAGAUUUUUUUUAAAAAUAGUUUUUAUCACUUUUAAUGAUACCUUUUUGCAACUUUACUGAGCUUUCUGGAAGCAGAAAUAUAUAAUGGAAUGUUGCCUCUAUUAUAUUUAAUUACUAAAAAUGAUUUCAUGAUAUGGUAGAGAGCUGUGAGUGGGGGUCUUAAUUGUUCACUAGAAUGCAUAUAGGACAUGUUUCCUAUGAGAACUAUUAAUGGUGAGGAAGUAUUACACACAUUACCGGUUCACCUCAGAACCCCGUCUCCCCCAAUAGAUUUGCAUAUGUGCUUAAUAACAAAGCUUAAAAAUCUUGGACAGAUCCUCAGAUGAAUGGUUCCAUUGACACCAAUAGAGCUAUGCUGAUUUACAAGAGUAUUAGGCCCCUGUAUUUUUGUUUAUAGGAAACCUGUUCCAUUGUUUUCAGGAUAUAAAUUUAUUUCCUUUUGAAAAAUGAAACAAAAUAAGAAAAAAUCUAUUGGUUCUAAUAGUAAUAAAAUAUUUUUCUUCGAGUGAUUGUUCAUGUCCAUUCCAAUUAAGUGUGCGCAUGCCGCAUGCACGGACAUCAGAGACCUUUUUCCCUUAGCAGCUCCCGUCAGGACGGUAGGGGAGCCCCCUAGAAUGGUGCCCUUAUGGCAGUAUAUAUAUUACCCUCCCUUCAGUUCUGUCUUACCGUCCAUGGAGGGGUUGGAAUGUGCUCGCUCGCUCGCUUGCAAGUGAUCCCUUAGCCUUUCAAUCUUCUAGUUAGAGUUGUCCUUAGGUAGUUAGCAAUUAGUUAAAUACCAUUGUAUUCAGGUGUCUGGAAGCUAGUUCCAGCACCAGCCUUGGACUGCGGGAAAUGCCGCAAGCCCAUUGUUUCAAAGCUUGCGACACGUGCCACAAGUUUAUGCCUAACAGCGACCCCCACGACUCCUGUCUCCAGUGUCUGGGAGUGUCUCAUCAGGCAGAGUGCUGCAAAAUCUGCAAGGCCUUCAAGCCGCGCACUAAGAAAGAAAGAGACUUUCACCUUAAGCAGUUGCUCAUGGAGGCCACUUUACAACCACCAGCCCCUGACUGACCGGCACUGACCCCAGCUUCCUCGUUGAAAAGUGCCCCGGCAUCCAUGCAUGACCUGGCACUGCCCAGGCACCGUAAAUUGCCAGCACCGAGAUGAGCCGACAAACCUCGGCGCCGGUCAACUAAGCAUCACAAGAAAGGAGAAAGAAGGUGCUCUCCCCAAAGAGCUACUAAGCUGCUCAAAGAAGCUCCUUGCAUGCAAAGACAGAUUGCAGGCCCAAACCAGGAACUGGCACCGUCGACUCUGGUGCCACAGGCCCCAUUGAGUCCAGUACCCAGCAGAUUCAGUGCCGAUGAAUGUCUGGAGGUCAUCAAACACCCCUCCACACCCGAUUCUUUCGAGGCAGCGAAAGACCUCAUUGAGUUGUUGGCGCCAAACCCCCUCCUGUGCAGGGAGAAGCCUUCUGGCAUCACCCAAGAAGGUGCUGUCAAGAGGAAAACCGGCAGUGGUGCUCCGCUCAAGGUCACCCUCUCGGCACUGCUCUUGGCACCGCUCCUGUUCAAGCGUGGCAUCCUGCUAUUCCCCAGCACCUGUGACCGAGUGUGAAGUUAUGGCACCAGAGGCGAAUCCACUAGCAGUGCCCACGGCAACCGCACGCCAGUUCACAACGCCAUCGGUCGCCCGGCGCCAGAGUACAACACCGACAAUCUCACCGGCACCAAGUGAAAGGCACCAGUCCCAGUCCUGAGACUCCUGGUACCAUUGGCGGUCCUGGUCAGCCAGGCACUGCUCCCCAGCUGCUCAGCAUUCGGUACCACCCUGGUCCUCUAAGUUGGCUCCAAGGCCGACUCCAGUCGGUCUAACUGUAGCAGACAUCGAACUGUAGCCAGCAGAGAAUCCCAAUCAGCACAGCAGCCACAGUGACUUCCUCUGGGUCAGUGGCCUUUCUGGACCCCAUGGGCCUACCACCAGCAGCAGGGCAUCACCUCCAGAGUCUCUAGGUCUGGGCAAUCUAUGCAACGCCAUUCCAGGUUGCCACACAGGCACGCAUCAAGGACAAGGGCGACCACUUUCUCCACACUGCCCCUGGACCCCAAGAGCAACCAGCGCUUCCAUGCCCAAUGCCCGAGGCGGUGCCAAGUACUGCGACAACUCAAGACGUGUCAGCCCCACCGGGCCCUGAAAUGUCCCAGGCAUAUGGGGACACACAGGAGGGUCUAGAUGAAGGCAACUGGCAGCACCUCACUUCCUCCUCUUCUCCAGACGAGGCGGUGACGGGCACAUCGGUCUCAGGACUGCCACCGAUCGACAGGGCUCACCAGGAGCUACUCCACAGGAUCGCCCUCAAUAUGGGCCUCCAGGCGGAAGAAACGGUCAAGCAGGAAGAUCCAGUGAUGGACAUCCUGAUGCCCGAAGUUCCCUCCAGAGUCGCGCUCCCUCUCAUAAAGACCAUACAAACAAAUUACAGCACUAUACGGCAGAUCCAGGCCUCCAUCACACCGACAGCCAGGGGGGUAGAAAGGAAAUACUUUGCUGCUUCCAGGGGCUAUGAGUUCCUGUUCUGCCAUCUAACUCCCUGUUCCCUAGUCGUUUCAGCAGUCAGUGAGAAGGAACGACAGGGCCGACAAGCCUUAGCCCCAAAGGCCAAGGAGGCCAAUUAUUUGAACCUCUUAGGUAGGAAGGUCUGCUCCUCUGGGGACCUCCAGCUAUGCAUAGCCAACCAACAGGCGAUCCUUAAUAGACAUAACUUCAACUCUUGGAUGGCCGUGUUCAAGUUUAAGAAUCGCCUGCCCCAGGACUCUCACUCUGAGUUUAUGGCAUUAAUCAAGGAAGGAAAGGCAGUGGCUAAGACUUCGCUACAAACCUCCCUCAAUUCAGCUGACUCUGCAGCCAGAACCAUUGCCUCAGGGGUAGUCAUGCGACACUCAGUGUGGCUCCAGACAUCGGGUCUCCCUCCAGAGGUCCAGAAUACCCUCAAAGACCUUCCCUUUGAGGGCUCGGGGCUUUCCUUGGAGCAAACAAACUCCAGGCUGCACAGCCUUAAGGAUUCUAGGACCACCCUGAAAUCAGUAGGGACGCAUAUGCCGGCAACCCAGAGAAAGCCCUUCAGGCCUCAGCCUCCACAGCAAAGGCAGUAUCAACCCUGCCCCAGGUAGGAGCUGUAUCGCAGGCGGGGCAGAAAUAACAGGCAUAGACAGCAGAAUAAUGUGCCUAACCAAGGCCAGAAUAAACCCCAGCCCGGAAACAAGCCAGCAGUUGAAGGCAUUCCCGGGACAGUGUACCAAUCCAGUUCCUGGAUCCAUCCCCACAGUUUUUAAACCAGUUAUCCCACUUCUAUCAUGCUUGGUCCCCUAUAACGUCGGACCGCUGGGUGCUGCACACUGUAGAGUUAAUCCCUCCAAUUCUCCUCCUUCCCUCCCUCCCACCCACCUUCCCCAUCCCUCUUCAAGGACCCCUCUCACAAGCAGCUCCUUAUGCAGGAGGUUCGUUCAGUCGUCAAGAUAGGUGCGGUGGAGGAGAUUCCACAGGAGCUAAGGGGAAAGGGGUUUUACUCCUGUUACUUUCUAAUCCCUAAGGCAAAGGGGGGUCUUUGACACAUUUUAGACCUUUGCGGACUCAGCACAUUUAUGGUCAAACUCCAGUUCCACAUGAUCCCCUAAAGCACAUUCCAUCAUUGGAUCCAGGGGAGUGUGACGCUGCCCUCGACAUGACAGAUGCAUACUUCCAUAUUGCCAUUCACCCAGUGCACUGACUCUUCCUCCGGUUUAUCGUAAACCAAUAUCACUACCAGUUCACAGUUCUCCCGUUCAGCCUGUCAACAGCCCCCCGCGUGUUCACGAAAUGCAUGUUCCAAGGACGAGGUCCAGUACCACAUGACAAUGGUCGUGGACAUGUUUCAUAGACUGGGGCUCCUCAUUGUACCCAAAUCAUCACUCAUACCUACCCAAAGGAUAGAGUUUAUAGGGGCAGUCCUGGACUCGAUAUGGGCGAAUGUGAGACUUCCAGAGCCCAGGUUCCAAGCGAUAGAGCAAACUGUCAAAUCAGUGCUUCAGUAUCCCACCGUGACAGUCAGGUGUUGCCUGCAGCUAACAGGGCAUAUGGCAGCAUGCACCUAUGUGGUCAAGCAUGCCCAAUUGAGACUCAGGCCCAUGCAGGCGUGCCUCGCACUUACUGUCUGUACUGAGACCCCCUGGACCUUGUGGUGACAAUCCCGGGACAGGUUCUAGAAUCCUUGUAUUGAUGGCUGGUCUGUGCAGGGGUUCCCUUCACCAAGCCUCAACCUUCUCUGAUGUUAGUAACAGAUGUGUCAGAUCUGGGCUAGGGUGCACACUAAGGGGAUCUGAGGACCCAAGGCUUGUGGUCGAGGGAUGAGAUACCUCAUAUCAACCUGAAGGAGCUCAGGGCAGUUUGUCUGACUUCCAAACCUUUCAUGCCACUUUGCAAAGUCACAGCAUGACCGUCCUGACAUAACACCACCGCCAUGUUCUAUAAACAAGCAAGGUGGAACCUGCUCCUCACCUCUCCGCCAUGAGGCUUUUCUUCUCUGGGACUUCUGUAUCGCCCAAUCCAUUCAGCUCGAAGCAUCCUACCUUCCAGGGGUACGGAACGAGCUGGCAGAUCGCCUCAGCAGGUCAGACCACAUGCACGAGUGGUCAAUCAGAUCGGACAUCAUAAAGUCAGCCUUCCAAAAGUGGGGUUAUCCCCAAGUAGACCUCUUUGCCACCAAGAGCAACAGACAGUGCCCUCAGCUCUGCUUAUUCCAAAACCACAGUCCAGGCUCAAUUGCUGAUGCGUCCUUAAUACCAUGGGAUGAAAGUCUGAAGCAGGGGUCGGCAACCUUUCAGAAGUGGUGUGCCAAGUCUUCAUUUAUUCACUCUAAUGUAAGGUUUCACGUGCCAGUAAUACAUUUUAACAUUUUUAGGUCUCUUUCUAUAAGUCUAUAAUAUAUAACUAGACUAUUGUUGUAUGUAAAGUAAAUAAGGUUUUUAAAAAUGUUUAAGAAGCUUCAUUUAAAAUUAAAUUAAAAUGCAGAGCGCUCUGAACUGGUGGCCAGGACCUGGGCAGUGUGCGUGCCACUGAAAAUCAGCUUGCGUGCCGCCUGCAGCACGCAUGCCAUAGGUUGCCUACCCCUGGUCUGAAGUAUGCCUUUCCUUGUAACCCGCUCGUCCACUGGGUCCUCCUCAAAAUUCGCAGGGAAAGGGCAACGGUAAUCAUGAUCGCCCCAUCUUGGCCCCAGCAGCAUUGGUACAGAACCCUCCUAGAGUGGUCCAUAGGACGCCCUGAUAGCCCUGCCCCUCCACCCAGAUCUGAUCACCCAGGACCACUGGUGCCUCCUUCACCCGAACCUGCAAUCUCUACAUCUCAUGGCUAAAUCCCAUAGAGAGCCAGUGCUUUCAGUCGGUGAGACAAAUCCUCCUGGGCAGUAGAAAACCUUCCACUGGGUCUACCUACUUGGCAACAUGGAAAAGGUUUUCCUGUUGGUGUGAAGCCAAGCACCUUCAAUCACUCCAGGCUCCUAUCCCAGUUAUUUUAGACUAUCUCCUACACCUUAAGCAACAGAGUCUAUCCCUUUCCUCCAUCAGAGUACACCUGGUGGUGAAUCAAUGGCAAGAAGGAACUGAAGGGGAGUCAGGAUGGCAGGGUAAUAUAUACAUCUCCAUAGGGGUGCCACUUUAGGGGGCUCCCCUGCCAUACUGACGGGAGCUGCUAAGAAAAAAAGUUUCCAAAGUCCAUGCAUGCGAUGUGCACACACCUAAUUGUAAUGGACGUGAACAACAUAUCUUGAACAACAACAGUUACGAGAGGUAAGUAACUGUCUUUUAUAUCUUAAUGGCAUGAAUGCUGUUUUAGGUAAUACUUAAGCAGAAUUUAGAUAAUAGUUCUAAUUGGAAUGAAGUAAUUAUAUGGUGGCUUUUUCUGGGAGUUCCUUAGUAAUCUGAGCUUGAAAGAUCCCGCCAAUGUCUAGUCAUCCGCACCUUCCAUGAGGCCCCAUAUAAUGGCCAUCUUUCUGUCUGAGGAUGACUGGCUCUUAUGUUUGUCAGCUCCAACUGGAUCCAAGAAGUCGCUGAGCAAUACAGAAACACACCCUCUAUUGUGAGCAGUGCUUCUGUUGUACUCCCAGCCCCUGUGGCCCAGGGAGCAAGAGACUGGAUGGGAAGUAGAAGCCAGAAUCUCUUGCAUGUUGUGUAGUGCACAACCACUAGUCUUAUUAGACAAAUAUGGAGCUAUUUUUAAUAGGGAUAAUACAUUGGAAACUGUGGGUUUUGUUUAUAGUUCCAGCACAUAAAUUCAGAUGCCAGAAGCUAAUCCGCCCCAACUUCACUCACAGUGCAUUUUUUGUGCAUACACGUGUUGCAUAUCAAAUAAAAAGUAUUAAUGAGCCAGAUAAAUAAUGUUAAUUCUACUUAACCAUCUAUUGGAAGUCACCAAAUGGUCACCACACUGUAUAUUCUUAUUUUUAGAAUAAUGUGGAAAUCAAAUAAUUCUCUUAAUGUUUGUGUAUUUACUUAUAUUUCGCACACUAAAACACCAUAGAAAAUUUACUUUACUAUUGAAACUAGUUCAUACGUACAGUUUCCAUACUUAUGAAGUGAAAGAUGUUUAUCUCCUUUAAAACUCUUUCUAGAUUUAAAAUCUGUAUGACCGUGAAUGCAAUUGUAAAGUUGAAUGACUUGCAGCAUGAAAUGCAUUAUUUUUUUACAUAAACUUUGUUUUGCAUCUG